AUGGCUGCAGAUAGUUAUAUAGUAACACACAGGCGGAAUAUCAUGCAGUGCCAGCUGUUCAACGUUGUUCCUACGCAAAAACGUAAACGGGAGUCGCAGCAGCGGCUUUGGGCGGGAAAAGCCGUGUUCGAGGAGCUCAUGCUCCCGGAAAUGGGGCAAUGGACGCCGACGUACCAGCUGAAGUUCGAGUAUGAGAGCACGCCGCAUGUGUUCUGCCGGACACGAAUAAUGCGGAGGCUGAGAGACGUGAAACGGGUUCUGCAACGGCAGCCGGACGGAGCAUUCCACGUGCUGGCACGGGCGCAGGCGCUGGACAUAGUUCUGGAGCUUCGCAUCGGCGACGCGGCGGAGGAGCAGAAGUUCCAGGACAUGUGGCAGCGGAUGCUGGAGGAGUUCGAGAUGCUGGCGGAGAAAUAG